AUUAUUAGCAUAGCCCACCGAAAUUGGCCGCCGAUGGGAAAGAGUAAGACUAACAAUACAAUUCAACGUUGUUGUCUACCUCCUCUUUCCAAGGGAAGGACGAUACUUGUAUAUAUAUAAACCGAAAUAUCCAUCUCAACCUUCCCAUCUUCUAUCGAUCUAUUUAUACAAAAAGUAAAGAAAAACCCAGAAAUUAGAUCAUGGGAAUCAUAAAUGAAAUCAUGGAUCAGAGAAUAAACACCAAAAAGUUGUCAUCUUUUAUAAUUCCUUCUCCUCUUGAAGCCAAGAAAUCUCGAGAUCAAUGCACCCAAGAGGGAGUUAUAGCUGGAACUAAAGCUGCUGCAGUUACUGGUGUUGUUACUGCUAUUCCCACGCUACUGGCUUGCCGUGUGAAUCCAUGGGCGAAGGCUAACCUUAAUUAUACGGCUCAAGCACUCAUCAUAUCUGCAGCAUCCAUUGCUGCGUAUUUCAUAACCGCUGACAAAACUAUACUCGAGUGUGCACGAAGAAAUGCAGAAUAUAAAAAACCUUAGGAGUUGCAGAAGGCAAUAUUUGAGGUUAUGUUAUCAGCAGGCUUAUCAGGGCUCCACUGCCAAGCCAAGUCUUUUUUGAAGGACAAAUUGACCACCUACAUCCUGUUAUUGUUGUAAAAUUUAAGAUAAAAAAAAAAAAAAAAAAAAAAAAAAAAAACCAGUUUUUGAUAUUCUUCUUUAGGCUUUAUAAUUUUGCUUAUAGGUUUGCUGAGAUGGUUUCCAUUUGUAAUUUAUUUUGACAAUCAAAAGCCUGUAUACAAAUUAUGAUCAUUUAUUUAUGUGUCUGACUUCAGAAUUCAAAAUUAUUUAGGGGUAUUUCUAUAA